UUAAAGUAAAACCGUUGCUAUAUUACCUACCAUUCUCUAUUAUGUACAUGCAUAUUUGCAUGCGUGUAAAGUGUUUCAAUUCUGUGGGCUGAGCUACUUAUCGGGUGCGUCUCCAUGUGGCGGCUCGGAAGUUCUCCAGGUGAUCUAUGGGCAGAUUGCAACAUAAAUACUGCAUUUCUUGCUAAUAAUUAAUUUAAUUUUUUUUCCAUGUGUAAAAUAAAACAUGCGAUAAGUAUAUUGCAUAACAAAUGCUCUUCUUGCACAAUCAGAUAUUCCUUUACAUUUUCGUUCAAAUAAUAUCAUAAUGUUUAUGAAAUAGUUUUUUAGAAAGAUUAAUAUAUGCUUUUUGUACCUUGUGAUGUCUUUUUAAAAGUUAUAUUAUGCUUGCCGUUUGUGAAGAACGUCGUUGAUACUGAAACAUAAAACUUCACUCAGCACUGCGUCUCCCUACGUCUUUUGCUUCUAGCUUCUGACUAUUUGACGAUUAUUGUGCACAGCGACCAAUAUAUUUCAAAAGAAUAAAUGCGAACGCGUGCACACUCACCGCGCUUAGUAUAAUGCACGAGAAGGUAUAUCUUUUGAUAGGGAAAUAAAAUCUCGGAAAGAGAAACUUUCGCCUUUUCCAUAUCUUUCCUAUUUUCUCUCUAAAAUUUUCCCCUACGCAUGGAAGUAAAAAACUUUUCUUACGGUCACCGAGAAUAGUUUAAUGUCCUAUGUAUGUACAUUCGCGUGCUGUUGUCUGCUGUUGCUUGAAUUUUUAAAGAAAAUAAUGCACUGAGCACUACACCACUGUUUUGCCAGUAAAUUCCCAGAAGAGAGAAGAUCGGCCACCCGGAAACUUCUUUUUCUUUCAUCGACAAUUGUACACGCAAUCUGUGCAGGUUGCGAUCAAAAUAUUUAAUAAGCUGUGGUUUCUGGAGGGGUAAAAACCCCACUCUUGCUUCCUCUGAAGCGUUCAGUUUGUACAGAGACACCACAUUGUGCAUAUCGUAUAAUCUAUCAAGUGCUAUUGUCAUAACGCCGCUAAAAAUUUUUUUUAUUGGAAUACACGUUAUCGGUGCAAAAUAAUAGGAAAAUAAUAAUAACAGAAAUAUGAAAAUAGAGAAUACAGUUAGCCAAGCGAUAGAAAUUUCUCUACGAAUUUUUGGGAUCUGGCCAAAUACAUCGUGCGUUUUAUUACGUAGACUAUUCUGGACCGUCAUGCUCGUAACCGAGCAAGUCUUUCAAUAUCGAUAUAUUGUAGUGCAUUUUCAUUUGAUUGAAUUUAUCGAGAUGAUGAGAAUUAUAGGUUCAACAAUGGCGUAUACAAUAUUUUUAUUUAAACUUUUAAUUUUUUGGUAUAAGCAGCGAACGUUCAACAGGAUAUUAACGAUGAUGGCGAACAACUGGGAAAAGUGUUCCGACACGAAAUUCAGCAUGUUAAUAACGAGGUGCAAUGCCAAACUGUCGCAGCGCUUCGUUAACAUGACGGUGAUUCUCUAUUUGACUGCUGUAAUUUUUUUUAGCAGCAAAAUCCUCGUAAAACAUGACAAUGGUGACACAGCCUCAAACGUUUCCACACGAUUACUCAUUCUAGAUAUGGAUUUACCAUUUGACGCUAAUCGAAGAUUCAUAUACGAAUCGAUCAUAAUUGUACAAUUUCUUCAUUUGGUGUUAUGCUCCGAAGCAAUCGGCUUAUUAAAUGCUCUACUCAUAAAUCUGAUAUUGCACAUAAGUGGUCAAAUCGAUAUUCUUCGUAAAAGUGUAAUGGAUAUUUUUCCAAAAGAAGGAAAUGGCAGAUUGAGUCGUUUCGUGGUUCAAAAAAUAAUAAAAAAACACCAGGAAAUUAUCAUCUUUUCAGAGCAUAUCGAGGAUCUGUACUCGUAUAUCGCGAUGGUGUUGUUUGUGACGGAUACUUUGAUUAUCUGCUGCUUGGGUUUUACAAUUGUCGCGGCGAUUGGUCGCCCCGAUGCUCUCAACAAUAUAAUUAAAACUCUCUUAUUUUACUUUCUUAUGAAUUCAGAAGCGUUCAUAUUUUGUUUCGCUGGGGAAUAUUUAAGUGCGAAGAGCAAAAGCAUUGGGGAUGCUGCGUAUGAUUCUUUGUGGUACGAAUCAGAUUCCAAAGACAGUCGAAUUAUAUUGUUCUUAAUAAUGAGGUCACAAAAUCAAUUAACCAUUACAAUUGGAAAAAUAAUGAAUUUGUCUCUAGAUCGAUUUGGAAGUAUUAUAAAGGCUUCGGCCUCCUACAUAUCGGUUUUGUUUGCGAUGUAGAGAAACAAAAUUACGCUUUAUUUAAAGUUGUAAUAAAAG